CUCCUCCCCCUCUUUCCCUCCCCUCAGAUCCUUCAAGGACGACGUUGGGGGUCCACCGGCAUGCACUCCUCCCACUCGCAGAUGGAUUAUCCUCAAUACCGGCACGAGCCCUUGCCGCGGGGCGACUUCAUCCGCAUCUUACAUGUCGAUAGCUCAGUCAACCACAGGCAGCCUUUCUGCACUUUCGAAAACAUCGCUCUAAAUACUAGGUCUCACCAUUAUACCGCCAUUUCGUAUACCUGGGGAGACACAAAGCCAGUACGCCAAAUACCCUGCUCUGAAGGCCAGUUCCUUAGUCUAAGCAAAACAUUGUCCGAUUUGUUUGACGUGCUGUUAAGGAGAGGGAGAUCUUUCACGGUUUGGAUCGAUGCGCUCUGUAUCAACCAGAAAGAGCCGACAGAGAAGGCCCACCAAGUCAAGCUUAUGGGCAAUGUGUAUUCGAAUGCGCACAUGGUGCUCGUAUGGCUCGGAGAAGAAGACUACCUAUCCCGAAUGGCAUUUCACUAUAUGAGAACAGACACGGAGCCACCUUGGUUUCUUUCGAAUGCUGCAAUGUACAGGGUAGACGCGAUGAUGGCUCUGCUAAGCCGACGGUGGUUUCGAAGGGUUUGGGUUCUGCAAGAGGCGAUUCUGAAUCCCAACACGUGGGUGGCCUGCGGCAGCGACAUCAUUGACUUCCAGACCUUCAAAGAAGCCGUCAAAUCGCUAUGGACUCUUGAGGACGCAGUGGAAUUCUUUGACGUCCGGUACCUUGCGUAUCGCGGUUUACGAUGCGCGACCCGGCUAUACGGUCUCCAAAGCAUGUUUCGCGAGACCGGGAAAGUUCCUUUGGAGUCCCUAUUCGAAGCAGUCCUCUAUUCCGCAGCAACAGAUAGCCGCGACUUCGUCUUCGCUAUUCAGGGUAUCGCAGAUUUCGCGGAGCUCCUGCCGAUCCCCGACUACACCGUCAGCGUUGAAAAGGUCUUCGUAGACACGGCCGAGAAUAUCUUGUGUAAAGGCACGUCGCUUGAUCUCCUUUCCUUGUGCGGUCUUGGUCCCAGGGAACAAUCGUCGGUUUUCUUUAGCCAACGUGGAAGACCUCAGGCUCAUUUGCCAUUUGAAUUACCGUCUUGGGUCCCGGACUUUCGUCAGCCUUCCUUCGACGACCCCAUACAUAUAUGCAGCAAAACAGGAUGGGACGCCGGUGGAGCAAUGCGGCGGCGGCCACUUCGUUCGGAUAGUGGUCUCCAAGUGGAUGUCGUAAUCCUCGAUCGCGUCACACGACUAGGUCAUACAAUCUAUACCUUACCGGAGGGCGACUUACUCGAACUGCGCUGCUGCUUCCAUAGCGCCCACGAGAUUGCACAUACACUGGGGGAUGUUUCGUCCCACUCAGUUACCGACCUCGUCUGGAAGACUCUGAUAAUGGAUAUGGAUUUGGGUGAGCGCCCAGCUCCUGCUCGUCUCGGAAAUGCGUUUACAGACUUGCUGCGGGCGCUAGACUCAGGGAAAAGCUUGCGGCAAAUCAAAACUAACGAAUUCUACCGCAACCUGCGUGUCCGGAGUGACAGGUGGAGGCCUUUCGCAUCGUCGCACGGAUACUUUGGGGUGACAUGGCCCAUUGUCGAGGUUGACGAUUAUGUCUGUCUGCUUCCCGGUUGCCGACUUCCUGUCAUCAUUCGCCCCCUCAACGCAGGGGCUGUGGACAAUUCUGAAAUGAUCAGUGCAUACUUCAUUGGAUGGUGUUACAUCCACGGUAUCAUGCAUGGUGAAGCCAUCAACGAACGGCGAGAGGUGCAGAGGAUAGUCUUAGUUUAGUCGUGCCAUGGCAGAUUGCCAAUGCAUGUCACUAACCUAUCGGAACGGUCCUACCGUUCUUCCACUUGAUCCAAAAAGAAUUGUCUUCCGUUACCUUAUCCGGCGGAUUCUCCACUGGGCUCUUCAACCAUG